AUGGCUGCAAUGCUAGAAUUCCGAACCCAAGGGUACAAUCCCUACGCCGUCAAGUAUUCUCCAUACUACGACUCGCGAAUUGCUGUUGCGACAUCCGCCAACUUUGGCAUUGUAGGCAAUGGCCGUGUAUUUGCUCUCGCCCUGACGGCGCAGGGAGUCCAAGUUGAGAAAACGUUCGAUACGAACGAUGCGCUCUACGACUUGGCCUGGUCCGAGAUCAACGAGAACCAGUUGAUUGCCGCUUGUGGUGAUGGGUCGCUGAAACUGUUCGACUUGGGUGUGGAUGACUUUCCAGUUAUGAACUUUCACGAACAUAAGAGGGAAACCUUCUCUGUCUGCUGGAAUCCAAUAACUAAAGAUAGCUUCAUCUCCAGCUCCUGGGACGGCACAGUCAAGAUUUGGUCACCGACACGAAACCAUUCGAUAAAGACGCUGCCUAUCGGAACUUGCACUUACAGUACAUCUUUCUGCCCCUCCAACCCCGCCUUGAUAUCCGCAGUUUCUUCCGACUCUCACCUCCGCAUCUUCGAUCUUCGCACGCCGUCAUCAGCGAAGUACCACCUCACAGCAACGAUACCCGUCCAUGCCUCAGGGCCGCAAUCGUCCCCUGGCGCCUCUGCGCCCGCCGAGAUUCUGACGCACGAUUGGAACAAGUACAAAGAUACUGUUAUAGCGACAGGUGGCGUAGACAGAGUUUUACGGACCUUUGAUAUACGAAACCCUUCCGGCGGGCCGGUGUCUGUCAUGCAGGGUCAUGAGUAUGCCGUCCGACGACUUUCGUGGAGUCCGCAUUCGAGCGACACUCUCAUCAGUGCUAGUUACGACAUGACAGUUCGUUUAUGGAACGAUGGUUCGAAUCAGCCUCAGGGUCCAGCAAUGGGACCUUCAAUAGGCAAUCAGGUGGGAAUCAUGAAUCGCCACACCGAGUUCGUCACGGGAGUCGAUUGGUGUCUCUUUGGCAUGGGUGGUUGGGUGGCUUCUGUAGGAUGGGAUGAGAGAGUGUUAUUAUGGGAUGCUAAUAUGCUAACGGGCCAGCGAAUACCAUGA